AGACAAACAAACGGUACCAAAACAUCAGCAGCUUAGGUUAGGUGUCGAGAAGAAGAGUGUGUCUGGUCCAUUCCAUCAGCCGCUUGUGUCGGACCAUUUCUCUUCUUUCGUGGUAGUGACGUGUCGCCUGCCACUGUUCUUCUUAAGAAGUCCAUAGUAAAGCCUUUCGCUUCUCCGCGAUGUUUAGAACAGCUCUCGCCAAGACUUCCCUUCUGCGAAAUGCUGCUGUCAAGUCAAAUUUGCCAUCGGUAGCAGCAUAUUCAGCCCCAGCUAUCCCUCAGCCCAUAACGCAGCCAGACAUCCCAUACACUGGAAUCUUUAUCAACAAUGAAUUCCACAAGUCCGAAAGUGGAUCACAGUUUCCAACAGUCAACCCAACCACUGGAGAGGUCAUUACCUUGGUGGAAGAAGGAGAUAAGGCUGAUGUUGAGAAAGCAGUGAAGGCAGCUCGAAAGGCCUUUGCCUUAAACUCAGAAUGGAGGCAGAUGGAUGCUUAUGAUCGUGGUCAACUUCUUAACAAACUGGCCAAUCUUAUGGAGCGUGAUAAGGUCUACUUGGCAAGUUUAGAAACAUUAGAUAAUGGAAAACCUUACACAAACUCGUAUAUGGCUGAUGUAGAGUUAAGUAUCCGUAAUCUGCGUUACUUCGCUGGAUGGGCAGACAAGAUUCAUGGUAAAACCAUCCCAACUGAUGGACCUCACUUUGCUUAUACCCGUCAUGAACCGAUUGGUGUCUGUGCACAGAUUAUUCCAUGGAAUUUCCCUCUCCUUAUGCAAGCAUGGAAAUUUGGACCAGCUCUUGCCACAGGGAAUACAGUGGUGAUGAAAUUGGCUGAACAGACACCACUAACAGGAUUGUACGUUGCCAAGCUUGUAGCUGAGGCAGGAUUCCCUCCUGGAGUUGUCAAUGUUAUCCCUGGAUAUGGCCCAACUGCUGGUGCUGCCCUUGCGUCACAUAUGGAUGUAGACAAGGUUGCUUUCACAGGAUCCACACAGAUUGGUCACCUCAUCCAACAAGCUGCUGGUGCAAGUAAUCUAAAACGAGUAACUUUGGAAUUGGGCGGGAAGAGUCCAAACAUUAUUUUCAAGGAUGCAGAUCUUGAUUAUGCUGUAGAACAAGCACACUUUGGACUCUUCUUUAAUCAGGGUCAGUGUUGCUGUGCUGGUUCAAGAAUCUUUGUUGAAGACCCUAUUUAUGAUGAGUUUGUUGAGCGCAGCGUUGAACGAGCAAAGAUACGAAAAGUGGGCAAUCCAUUUGAUUUUACAACAGAACAAGGUCCUCAGGUUGAUGAAGAGCAGAUGACAAAGAUUCUGGGUUUGAUUGAUUCUGGAAAGAGCGAAGGUGCCAAAAUGUGUGUUGGCGGAGCACGUCACGGUGACAAAGGCUAUUUCAUUGAACCCACUGUCUUUGCCGAUGUUAAAGAUCAUAUGCGUAUUGCUCGAGAAGAGAUCUUUGGACCUGUGCAACAAAUUUUGAAGUUCAGUGAUGUUCAUGAAUUAAUUGAAAGGGCAAAUAAUACAGAGUAUGGCUUAGCAGCUGCUGUGUUUACCAAAGAUCUGGAUAAGGCUAACCUGUUUGCUCAAGGGCUCCGUGCUGGUACUGUUUGGAUAAACUGCUAUGAUGUCUUAAAUGCUCAGACCCCAUUUGGAGGCUACAAAAUGUCUGGACAAGGUAGAGAAAACUCUGAGUAUGCUCUUCGCAACUAUUAUGAAGUGAAAUGUGUCAUUACCAAGAUGCCAAGCAAAAAUGCAUAGGCACUUUUUUUUAUUUGGAAGCUUUCUACAGGUACUAGGUGGUAAGGGCAUGAUAAUCCACUCUUUACUGUAUUCAGUUUAUUGAAAUAUUACACUCUAAUCCUUUGAGGCUGUACAAACUUGAAAUUAUGCUUUUGAGUUUAUGUACCUAAUUACUUUUCCAUGAUAUUGUUAAGUUGUUGUGUACACCUUCCCCUUUCAAUAAAGUAUUAAUUGAUAAAUAAUGCGCUGUGAGUUGCACUGUCAGUAUUUAACUGGAUGAAAAUUAUGUACGUAGUUUGUAAAAGUACUGAUUGUGACAUUCAUUCAGAAUGUAGCUUUGAAACAUUUUUCUUUCAGAAGCAAAUCUUUCAGUCAGUCUGUUAGGAUUGUUUUUCAGUGAAUGCCAUGUUUGUUUAUAUACUGAAUGAUAUAGAGUUUUCUUCAUUCAGUAGUUUUCGUAGCAGUAUUAUGCAAGUAAAUGCAGCCAAAGUUAAAUGGGCAAGUCUCUGAAGGGUUAUGUGUGGUAUUUCAUGGCAACCAGAUAUAUUGUUAUACUAUUUUAAUAAAGAAUUUAAGUAAA